CUUAAUACCACCUACAGUAGGGAGAAGUGCAGGUGUCAAACUGUGGGUGAGCGACACAGGGGCAUAGGGACAAUCUCACAGAUUACCGUGACCAUUACUCGCUGUAUCUUUCUGUUUUACUCUUCAUGGAUUUGAAUUUAGUUCACUUAUUUAUUUUUCAUCAAGAUAUUGGCAUUACAUUCCCGUUUCCGUCAUUAGAUCAGCUUGUCUGUACACUUGAAGAUGAGCACAGAGGGAUAAGGCUGGCUACAUUUUCCAAAAAAGGUUCCCCGUCUGUCUCACGGACAUUGGUCACCAACCUUUCCGUGACCGUUUUUCUGUUUUUCGAUUGGGCGUCCUAACAUGAUUUUAUCAUGAGUUCCAAGGUAGUGAACUAUAACUCAAUCUCAAGAAAGCCAAGCACGAUGGAUAACGUAACCGAUUGCAAUGGUGCCGGCUUGGACCUCAUUCAGAAUCGCAUUGAGUCUCUGAACAGUAAGAUGGACAAACUCAUCAACUUCCAGGAGAAGGUCCUCAACCGGCUGGAUGGAAUGUCCCAGGACAUUGACAGUAUAGAGAGGGACAUGGAAACACUGAAGGUGGAUAAGGAAGAGAUCCAUAUCCCUGCCAGAGCCCAAACUCUACCACCGGCCCUGGCUCAAACCCAGGGCACGGGCAUGGGGGGCGAGGUGAGAGAGAUGUGUCAGGAGAUGAGCUCCAUCAUGACAGUGCUGGAACAGCGCUCGGAGAAGCAGGCUGAGAAGCUGGAUGGGAUGGAAAAGCUGGUCCUCAGCAUCCAUCAGGUCAUCAGAUUCAUUGGGGAGACGAUGAAGAGCCCCCGGGUUAUGGAGAUGAUGUUUAUGGGUCCGGCAGCACACAAGGCCUCCAAGUCAAAAGACCUCAAGAUGGCUAUUAAGAGGCAAUCGUCCGCAGAAAAGAGCAAGAGCUCAGUUACUAAGAAGACCGACAAGCCAAAAGUCCACAAGAAGAAGGAUGGGAAGGAGAAGUCGGGUCUGAGCCCAAAGGGUCUGAAAGCACAGAAAAAGAAGAAGCUCCCAGACACAGCAGAUACCAUCUCCCUUAGGAAGCAGGUGUUGCUACUAGAGGAGGUUCAGAAGCUCAACAGGGAGAAUGCAGAGAGAUCAUCAUCAUCACCAGGUCACCAGCGGCAGCAGCAGCACCUCACCCCUGAUGGCUUCCUGGACCUGGAGGCUGGGUCUGGAGGGGCCUCAGAGGGUUCCCUCAGCCCAAACCUGCUGGACCUUAUCCUCAAGGGCCCCAAGGCCCCUGUGACUGAAGAGGAGUCAUUGUCUGAGGAGGAGGCUGCAGGAGAUGGACUAAAAGUGGAAGAGAGGAAGGAGGAGGUUGUAAAAAAGGAGAAGGAAGACCACCUUGUUAAUGAAUCUAAGGAAGAGGAGAGAAAGGAGGAGCUGUUGAAAACCACAGAGAAGCCCGAGGAGGAUGGAAGACUAGAGGAAAAAGAGGGGGAGAAGGAGAAAGAGGGGGACACUACACUCUCUAAAGGUCCAUCGGAAAUUGUUGAUAUGUUGGUAAAGGAUAUCCCUUCUCUCCCAACCUCCUCUGAGGCUCCAGGACACACCAACUCUAUUCCUGAGAGCUGUGAAGACCACAACAAAAGUGAUUCCUCUCUGUCUCUGGAGGCAGCAAAACAGGACCAGGUGGAGGAGGGCAGCACCGGCAGUAAGCGUCAGGUGAUGGAGGAAGACCUGGGAGUAGAGGACCACAAGAAGAGUCGGGUAGAGGAAGGAGAGGAUGAGGGAUGGGGCGUCUUCAAGGCAGACGGGGUGGAUAUCCGUGUGGAGCGGAAGAAGAGGCUGGUGAAAGAUCAGGCCACAGAAAUCAAGCAGUCUACUGGGGAAACGUUCUUCAUUGACAAAAGUCCUCCUCCACCAGCUCCAUUCCUCCAUCGGAUAGUGUCGGCCAAACCCAACCAGAUCAACAACUUCUACACCAUCAACAGAGUUGAGAUUCUAGGAGGGGGUCGUUUUGGCCAGGUGCACAAAUGCAUGGAAAACUCCUCAGGUCUCACACUAGCUUCCAAAAUCAUCAAAGCCCGGAGUCAGAAAGAAAAGGAGAUGGUCAAGAAUGAGAUCAUGGUCAUGAACCAGUUGGACCACGCCAACCUGAUCCAGCUCUACGCCGCCUACGAGUCCAGGAAUGAUAUCAUCCUGGUGCUGGAAUAUGUGGAUGGUGGGGAGCUCUUUGACCGGAUCAUCGACGAGAACUACACUCUGAUGGAGCUGGACACGGUCAUGUUCAUCAGGCAGAUCUGUGAGGGCCUUCAGCACAUGCACAAGAUGUACAUCCUCCAUCUGGACCUCAAGCCGGAGAAUAUUCUAUGUGUGAGCAGAGUCACAAAUAAAAUCAAGAUCAUUGACUUUGGACUUGCCAGAAAAUACAUACCCAGAGAGAAGUUGCGAGUGAAUUUCGGCACCCCAGAGUUCCUGGCCCCAGAAGUUGUCAACUACGACUUUGUGUCAUUCAACACCGAUAUGUGGAGUCUGGGAGUCAUUACAUAUAUGCUUCUCAGCGGUCUGUGUCCUUUCCUGGGCGACAAUAACCCUGAGACUCUGAACAACAUCCUUGCCUGCCAGUGGAACUUUGACGAGGAAGAAUUUACAGACAUCUCAGAGGAAGCCAAAGACUUCAUCUCUAAACUACUCAUCGUCAAUAAAAGUUGGAGGAUAGGUGCCUCUGAAGCAUUGAGGCAUCCUUGGCUCUCUGACCCAGUCCUCCAUCACCGACUUCAUGAAAAGAAGAACAUGUGUCACUGUUCCCGGCGAUCUUCAUGUGUACCCAUUACAGAGAGUUGAGCAUGAUGACUAGACGACGCCAGCUGUGGCCACCUGGACCAAGCCUGCUGUACACCUGCAUGUUUACCAGCGCUUACCUAUCUAAACACCUGUAGAAGUACACCUGUAGAACUACUGGAGCUUACCUGUCUGUACACCUGUAGAACUACAACCUGCAAAACUACAACCUGUAGAAUUACUGGAGCUUUACCUGUCUGUACACCUGUAGAACUACAACCUGUAGAAUUACUGGAGCUUACCUGUCUGUAUACCAAUAGAACUACAACCUGUAGAAUUACUGGAGCUUACCUGUCUGUAUACCAAUAGAACUACAACCUGUAGAAUUACUGGAGCUUUACCUGUCUGUACACCUGUAGAACUACAACCUGCAAAACUACAACCUGUAGAAUUACUGGAGCUUUACCUGUCUGUACACCUGUAGAACUACAACCUGUAGAAUUACUGGAGCUUACCUGUCUGUAUACCAAUAGAACUACAACCUGUAGAACUACAACCUGUAGAACUACCGUAGCUGUGUGAUGGUUGGACGAUACAUGUUACCUGAACAACUGUUAGCUCACUAGAUAUGCUGUUUUGUUGUUUUUUUUAACGUAUAUCCAAGGAUAGGUCAAAAAUUAGACAAAAAUAAGGAAUUGGUUUUAGUGGAAACAUUACCCGACAGUCAUACUGUACUUUUUUGAGUGGGUUGUCAUGUACUGUAAAAGUGCUAUUUCAGUGUGAUGCCAAAGCUUAGAAGCCUGGAGGGUGUCGUGAAAGAUAGUAUGCUAGGUACAGUAUGUGAAUUUCAUCUGCAACGCAAGGUUAGUAUGACAUAACACCAAACUCUAACCUCGUAUCUUGUAAAUACUUUGGGGGUUUUGUCAGACAAACUAGAUUCCAGAUUUUAAAAAAUGUUUACUUUUAGCCAACGUUGUUUCCCUGUUGUACAGUUGUACUGUUAUCUUCCCUCAUGUGUGAAUCCAUUUUCAUUAGCUUUAUUUCCAUCUCCGUUAUCCACAAUGCAUCUCAACGUUUAUGCUGUGAUGCUGCUCUCCAUUUCAUCUCAUUUUCUGUUCAUGUAAAAGAGUUCCGUGUUGAGUACUGUACCCCACUUUUCCUCGGACUGUGUGUGUAUUUAUCAAACCAAAGGAUUUUUCCGUUUAACUUGACUGAUAGACAGACAAAUGUCAUGUGUUUGCUGUUUGUUUUGUGCUCUCUUGAUAUUGAGUGUAAAUAGAUCAGAUGUCAUGUGUUUGCUGUUUGUUUUGUGCUCUCUUGAUAUUGAGUGUAAAUAGAUCAGAUGUCAUGUGUUUGCUGUUUGUUUUGUGCUCUCUUGAUAUUGAGUGUAAAUAGAUCAGAUGUCAUGUGUUUGCUGUUUGUUUUGUGCUCUCUUGAUAUUGAGUGUAAAUAGAUCAGAUGUCAUAUGUUUGCUGUUUGUUUUGUGCUCUCUUGAUAUUGAGUGUAAAUAGAUCAGAUGUCGUAUGUUUGCUGUUUGUUUUGUGCUCUCUUGAUAUUGAGUGUAAAUAGAUCAGAUGUCAUGUGUUUGCUGUUUGUUUUGUGCUCUCUUGAUAUUGAGUGUAAAUAGAUCAGAUGUCAUGUGUUUGCUGUUUGUUUUGUGCUCUCUUGAUAUUGAGUGUAAAUAGAUCAGAUGUCAUAUGUUUGCUGUUUGUUUUGUGCUCUCUUGAUAUUGAGUGUAAAUAGAUCAGAUGUCAUAUGUUUGCUGUUUGUU